UGGGCGGGCGGCGGGGACCAGGCUGGGGAGCCGGCUCCGCGCGCGGGGGCGUCCCUGCCCCCUCCGCCUGCGCCACCUCUGCCGGCUUCUCCCGGCAAGUUUGUCGCCCCCGCUUUGCGGACCUCCUCGGAGGAUCAGCCGAGUCCAGACCUGUGGCCAAAUAGAAAACUCGAGCUGGAGGCGGAGGAGGCGUGUGGGCAGCCGGUCCGGGAUGAGAGUCUCCUGAAGGGCAGCGCUGCCUUCUUGGACAUCUUCCUUGGCUCUUUCCCACCCAGGUGCCCUGAAGAUGUGUUGGCCUGGAAUGGAAACAUUAAUACCCAGACCCCUGAUGCUGCUCAGAAAAUGACGCGUGCACAGCGAUAGGUUUCUACACCUGGAUUGUCACCUAGGGCAAAUUGUCACCAAUGGCAGUAAAACUUGUUUUCUGGGGGUCAAGGUCUCAUGGGCUAAUUGGCUGUCCUUCAGCUGGCACCUAACAGAUAAGUCAUCCUGCUGUGUAUCAAGACAAUGCCCAGUUUUAAAACUGCUCUGAAAAUGAUGAAGGCAGGAUCGCCCCGUGAUGCCGUCAGGGGGCAACAAGCAGCUUGAGAUUUCCCUGUUCACCAGGUAGCAGCUUGAAGGAAACCCCUUUCCAUUAAGGAGGACUGCAUGGCAGGCAGCCCCCACUGAAGGCUGGAAAAUGAGUGUCCCAGUGGCUCCUAAGAAAUCAUGUUACACUGAGUUGCGGGACAACAGAAAUGGAGUGAAAAACAAUAAUGAGAGCGUCCUAAGUCUGGGAGACACCAAUGCCAACCCCAUCAUGUUGGAGGUCAGCUCCUCUCCCGAUGAGCCUGUGACAUGUGCCCUGACAGAUGAAAUUGGAAAUGCAAAUUCAAGGGGGCCCGAAAGUAGUACCCGUGUCCAGAAGGAGUUUCACCCCCUUCAGGGCUUUGCGAAGGCAUCUCAGGCUGGCCCUGCCAGCGUGAAGGAUUUUAAAUUUUCUCCGAUGGCUCAGAGAGAACGGAAUGAACAGCCCAUGCUGGACAGAGGCACAGAUCCCCUGCAGGCCCCUCGGGGCCUUCAGGGACAAGGUCAGCCAAGUUGGAGGACUGUCACGGGUGAGGCCAGCCCAGAGGUUUCGGCUCAGAGGGAGGUUGACGUUCCCCGGCACGUGCCCAAGGAUAAGUUGGCCAAGACCCUUGACAAUGUGGCCUUGAGGAGGCAUUCUUUGGAGAGAGCCGGCAGCUCUGCUGUAGCAGUGGACAUGCUUACCAAGGAGCGGGCUGGGGGCCCGGCCUGGCCGCUUCCGCAGCCCGCAGUGCUGGCGUCCCCAGAAGCCCCCCGUCCGGUACCCAGUGGUGGGGAGGGGCCGCAGAAGAUGGGGGCAGCCCCUUCUCCGGGGCUGGCUUGUCUUCCAGCUGAUGGUGCCUCCGAGGGAAAGAGCUCACGUCAUCCUAAACCAUCUACCUCAGUAAUCAAGGAGACCGCCCCCGUAGAGACCCAGCCGGGUGGGGGACAGGUACCCAAAGUUAGCACCCAGAGCACAGAGCCUUUCGCCCACCCAGAGUGCACUCUCAGUUCCUCUCCAGCCUCGAAAGACGUCCUGAGGAAGCCAGAAGCGCAAUCAGGUCGGGGCAAGCCCGAGCCCCAGAUGGAGCUGAAACCUGUCCAGCUCAGGGCCGGGCAGGAGUUCCAGGCCACCCAGGCGGAGGGGCUGGGCUGUCCUCAGGAGGAUGGCGUGUCAUCCCUAGGGGGAAAGGAGCCGGCUGCGGAGGAAGCACAGCAGGAAGCCUCGGCUGCUGCACACAGCGGCCCCCACCCGCCGGGCAUGGGGAGAGGCAGGGGCGAGCAGGAAAAGAGAGGUGAGGAGGGGUCUCUCCAGACCACCCCCAAGCCGAGCCCCGCUUCCUCGGGAGCUGCUGAGCGUCAGCCCACGGGCAGAAGUUCACCAAGUGCAGCUAGGAAACCGGGUGAAACCCCGUCCAGCAGCGUUUCACCCAGGGAUGGUCACGUCGCUUUUGUUCCCGGUGAUUCGACCGACAGCAGGCCCUCGGGUGCCAGUGAGGAGAGAGGGGUGCUGGGCGGUGGGGACGGGGACGGCGCCACGGUUUGUCAUUCAGAUCGUUCUGUUGGAGAGAGCGGAACUGGGGUCCCUGAGCCCCCCGACCCUCCGAGCAGCGGCUCAGAAGCCGGGGAAAGCACAGAGAUCGCCACAGCCGUUGCUGAGACUAGGAACCGUCUAGAGACUGCAGUGAAGACUGAAAGCGCCCCCCAAGCAAGAGCAGAUUCUCUUCCCGGAGCCCCAGCGCCCCUCCACCCAGAGACAACUGUGAAUGUGGCCCGCCAGCCCGUGCAACCCAGCAGCCGUUUUCCGGACUUGGGCGCCUUGAAUGUGGACGCGGGGGGCCCCCCGGCCGCCCCGCCUUCUGCCAACAGCUCCAGGCUGUCACACGCUUCCCUGAAAGUGCCUGACAAGAACCCCUGCCCUGGUGGGAUCCCCAAGCCUGGCCUCGCCCGUCCCGAGGACACACCCGCCUCACAGCAGGGAACGGAGGGCCCCCAGGUUGAAAAGACGGAAGAAAGGGCGGAUCCCCGGCCCGUCGCGAUGCCCAAGCCCAAGCACGUGAGGCCCAAGAUCAUCACCUACAUCCGGAGGAGCCCUCAGGCCCUAGGCCAGGUGGACGCGCCUCUGGUUCCCGUGGGGCUACCGUAUGCCCCGCCCUCGUGUAACGUGCCUCUCCCCAAAGAGGAGAAGGCGGCAGGCGGAGACCUGAAGCCGGCCGCCAGCCUCUACGACAAGUUCAAGCCAGACCUGCAGAGGCCCCGGGUGUUCAGCUCCGGACUGGUGGUGUCUGGGAUCAAGCCCCCGGGACACCCCUUCAGUCAAAUGAGUGAAAAGUUUUUACAGGAGGUUACAGAACGCCCUGGAAAAGAAGAAUUUUGUUCUCCUCCCUAUACUCACUACGAAGUUCCUCCAACUUUCUAUCGAUCGGCCAUGCUUCUUAAGCCCCAGUUGGGAUUGGGUGCAAUGUCACGUUUACCAUCUGCGAAGAGCAGGAUCCUGAUCGCGAGCCAGAGGUCUUCAGCGAGUGCCAUUCACCCACCAGGAACCAUAGCGGCAGCUGCCAGCCUCUACAGUUCCGACCCUGCAGCAGAUUUAAAGAAACCUUCCGGUUCAAAUGCUGCAAAAUCCAACCUACCCAAAUCUGGACUUCGUCCUCCUGGCUACUCGCGUCUCCCGGCAGCCAAGCUGGCGGCCUUUGGCUUCGUCCGGAGCUCCAGUGUGUCCUCGGUGUCCAGCACCCCGUCAGCGGACAGCGCCCAGCCCGAGCCCAGUCGGCUGGCCAACCGUUCAACCUUUGGGACUGAAGACCAGCCGGCUCUGAAGGUAGCUCUGCCUUCCAAAGACACACCCAAAGGGGCUGCCCGGGGGGCCCCUCCAGCAUCCUCCAGUGUGACAACACCUCGCAGGAGUUUGCUUCCGGCGCCAAAAUCCGCGACCACCCCGGCUGGGACAAAGAAAGAAGUACAAAAAGAUCAAGAUGCUAAUAAACCUGCAGUUUCAUCUCCUAAGAGAAUAUCGGCUUCAGCCACCAAGCUUCAUUCGCCAGGAUACCCCAAGCAGAGGCCCACGGCCCCCCGCAACGGGGUCUCCCCCAAGCCGGACCUGCAGGCCCGAGAGGCCGAGCGACAGCUGGUGCAGCGGCUGAAGGAACGGAACGAGCAGCUGGGCCUCGUGCGAGGGGAGCUGAGAAGGGCCGUCCGGGGCUUCGAGGCGCUCGCCGUGUCCACUCAGCUUUUCUUUGGGAAGAAUGAAAGUGCCCUUGUGAAAGAAAAAGAGCUGUCAAUCGAGCUUGCAAACAUCAGGGAUGAAGUUGCCUUCCAUGCGGCGAAGUGUGAGAAGCUGCAGAGAGAGAAGGCGGAGCUGGAGCGGCGCUGGGAGGAGGAGGUGCGCAGGCUGGGCUGGCAGCAGCAGGCCGAGCUGCGCGACCUGGAGCGGCGGCUGCAGCUGCAGUUCGAGACCGAGGCGGCCCAGCUCCAGGAGGAGCACGGCGCACAGCUGCUGCGGGUCGGGUGUCAGCACCAGGAGCAGGUGGAAGACAUCACCGCCAGCCAUGAGGCUGCUCUCCUAGAGAUGGAAAACAGCCACACGGUUGCCAUCUCGCUCCUGCAGGAUGACCACGACCACAAGGUGCAAGAACUGAUAUCUACCCACGAGCUUGAAAAGAAAGAAUUGGAAGAAAAUUUUGAAAAGCUGCGGCUGUCAUUACAGGACCAGGUGGACACGCUGACCUUCCAGAGCCAGUCUCUGCGGGACCGAGCCAGACGCUUCGAGGAAGCUUUGAGGAAAAACACCGAGGAACAGCUGGAGAUUGCAUUGGCUCCCUAUCAGCACUUGGAAGAAGACAUGAAGAGUCUGAAGCAGGUAUUAGAGAUGAAGAAUCAGCAAAUACACCAGCAGGAAAAGAAGAUUAUUGAGCUGGAAAAGCUGGCAGAAAAGAACAUUAUCCUGGAAGAAAAGAUCCAAGUCCUCCAACAGCAGAACGAAGACCUCAAAGCCAGGAUUGACCAGAACACCGUCGUCACGAGACAGCUGUCGGAGGAGAACGCUAACCUCCAGGAAUACGUGGAGAAAGAAACGCAGGAGAAGAAGAGAUUGAGCCGAACCAACGAAGAGCUGCUUUGGAAGCUGCAAACAGGGGACCCAACCAGCCCGAUUAAACUGUCCCCCACGUCCCCCGUUUACCGAGGCUCCUCCUCCGGGCCCUCCUCUCCCGCCAGAGUCAGCAUGACGCCCAGAUGACGCCACCACGCUGCGGGUCGAGCUGCGGCGCCUGGUCCACGGGGGUUUCCGCCUCGAGGGAGUGGUGACCACGGACCGGCCCGACUGACCCUGCGCGCAUGCCCAGUAGCUGCAUAGCUGCAUCCUAGGAAGAGUCCUUUUCUGAUCCUCGUGAUAAGACUGUCCUGGUACUGGCACUUAGGAAAGUGUAAAUGGUAGUGUCUGAUGUGCAAACGUUUGACCGUAGUUAGAGCCAAAAGAAAGAAACGCCCGUUGUUCUUGAGCAAUGAACUUUCACUGCAGAAUAUCAAGUUAGUUACAAAUAGCUCAGUUUUGAAUAUCCAUUGAAUAAUCAUUGUGUACUGCACCGAUAUGUGUGUAUAUUUAGAUAUACGUAUAUACACAUGCAGCGGUUCUGAAUUGCAUUUUUUAUAACAUGAAGCGCUGACAUAUUUUGGUGAAGGUCAGCAGUUUUCUAACUCGUGCCUAAGAAUUAUUGGGAAAUGAAAAUGCAUUUCUAUCUAGCUUCCCAGGAAUAUUUCUACCCAAAAUAGAAAAAGGAAAAAAAAAAAAAAAAAAAGAUACAGAGAAGAAGGCGCCUUCCGACCUACCACCACGUGGUACUCUGUUUAACACAAACAAACACCAGCCAUUCAUGAACGGUAAAUGCCUUUGGAACAAUCAAUCAGCUUCUUAGUCCACAUGAUGUGAGGUCACUAUUACUCCAUCUGCAAGUUUUAAUUAUUAAUACUUCUGUCAUGAGCGGAUAAGGGGCAGCAGUGGGAAACCCUGAGGGGGUGAGGAGUUUUGCAGAUGUCGCUCAUGACGGUGGAUCGUCUAUAGUCUUGUAAACACAAGUUCUGCUUUUUUUUCCUAAAUGGCAUCUUGGAAUCCAUCAUUAAGCUCUUUCAUCUUUGGGAAAAUAUGGACGCACAUGACCUUAUAGGAUGAGGGUGAGAGUGACCUUGGAGUUGGCCAAGACCAUUCACGCUCCGUCCUCAAGAAGGAAGACUGCUGAUAGGGUCUGUGUUCUGACUAAGCGUAGAGUAGGAAAGCACACUCUGGCAUCCUGUUUGCUUUACUCUGAUGUGAUGCUGAAAAUGGUCAACCCACCAAAAUAUGACCCUCAGCCCCACUUCAUUGGCACCCCACUUCGGUUUGGUUCUGUAACCCAACCUCAUUCCUGUACAUUGAGAAGCUCAGGGGUUCUAGCAGGGGCUUCCAGAAAACCAAUUCUUCUAUCCUGGGGGAUCAGUUCCAAGCUAUGCUAGAUCAUCAUCACAUGGCCUCCCAGAAACCCAGGUGUACUUUCUGCUGGAUGAUCGAGCAGUGCCACAGCUGACAGAGGUCCCAUCUUUGGUCCAGGAGGUUCUUCCAAACAGAGGAAGGAGCCUGGGAAACAGCCAGCCAGCGGUGGCUGGCUUCUGGACCGGCAUUUGGCUCUGAAAUGGUAGCAUUAGAACCUGAGAGGUAUUCCUGUAGUGCUGUGGACGAUUAGAAGCAAGACACACAAAAGAAAGAAGCGGUUUCAACAGUUGAUAUGGUGAUGAUGAGAAUGAUGCCUUUGUUUACUGUCUGUGACAAAGACCCUGCACUUCUUUUCUCCCUAAGGCCCCUCAAAAUGGUCCUGAGCACAGCACUGGCUCUGAGCAUACCCGAGGCAGGCGGACUCAUGUAGGGAUGCUUCGUGGGCCAGAGCCACAGAGCAGGGAAGAAACGGCCCAGGGAAGGGGUUGGCUGGCCCAGAGCCCUGCCUGCUCUGUGAAUACGUGGCCAGCAUAAAGACAGACCUGGUCUGUGUUCCUUGCGUGAGUCAAGGUUGGGCUUCCUGGCCUCGUGUACAUCUCAUUUCUAGCAAACCUCCAGGUGUUUGCCCAUCCUGGGGCCAUACACAGGAGUAUCCACCGAAGAAACAUUUGUUUCCUUUAGUGGCUCUGCGUGAUGCUGUGAUGUUGAGCUGGGCCUCCCAUUAGAGUAGAUCAUGCCACGUUGACUAAAUACACAAGUAUUUAUUCUUUUAGCAGGCGCCACCUGCAGACACAAUAGCUCAGCCCUCCGAAUUAGGAACUGCUUCCCUAACGGCACUUGCUAAAUGCAGUUACACAGCAAUACGGAUAUCGGUGUUAUGUUAGAAUGUGGUCCAGUGUGUUAGCCUAUUGCAGUCAAAGUUGUAGUGGUGUUAGAACGAAGUAAUCCUUCACUAGGUGCCUAGAGCUUGGCUCUAACCAGCCCUGACCUUGGGUACUUGAGCUAAUUCCCACCUUGCCCUGGCUUCAUUUCCCCGUCAUGGUCGCCCAUCACAUACGGCUCCUAUCCCAGAACACGAGGGCCGGUGGCCACCGGGCCCCUUCUGCACCUCUCCAGCCCCACACUGUUAGGACUUGGACCUCUGUCUCCCUGGCGUCCACCUCCCAGGCCAGAGCUGCUGCCACGCGGAGAUGCCGCAGCCUCCCUCCCUGCCACUCACACACCCGCCCACCGCGUGGGAGCCCGUCGGCGCCCUGCCCUCCCGCCGCCCAGCACACACCCGGCGAGGUUCUGGCGGGGUGGGCAGAGCUGGUGGCCAUCUGAACGGGGUCACUCGUUCCUCUUCCGGCCCCUGCGGGUUCUGUGUUGCCUAUUUGUGUUUGAAGCAUAUUAAAAUGAACUUGAGGGACCUUCUGUGACAUGCACUUGAUGUGACCGUUGGCCUGGCCCUCCCCUGUGUGUGCGCCAGCUGGCCGUCACUGAGUCGCGAGGCCCCCCCAGCUCUCCCCCGACUCGGCGGAUUCAGGAUCCUUGCUCCCGCCUUCCGGCCCGGAUCCUUCGGCAGCCUUGCCCAGGCUGUGGGGGCUCAGCGGCUGUGCUCCGUCUCCCCCGUCCUGGGGAGGCCCGCGUGGGUUGGAGGAGGUCGGAGAAAGGACACGAGAUCGAGGCCAGUGCCCUCACCGUCAACGUCGAAUUCAGACCUAUUGCUUCUACCCCAGAGCGAGCUCGGUCUGUCCCCAAGCCCGUCCCUUUGCACCUGGCUGGUCACAGAGCUCUCCUCUCAGAACGCCGCCGGGAACAGCCCUCGGCCGGCCGGUGGUCACAGCACUGCCUUGUCACGUGCUCUCUCGUGCCCUCGGGGCUCUCGGGGGCCAGGCCACUCCCUGAACCGAAACGCGCUCACUUCCCCACCGGGGCCUUCAGGCCGGGCUGCAG